AAGCUGCGCCACACGCUGUGGGCUCGGCGGCGCGUGCUCACUGGCAGCCUUCUCUGCCGGCUUCGCCGCGCAAGGAGUGAGAGGCGCCUGUGCGCGCCUCGGGCCCAGGGAGGACUUUGACGUUGCGGAACCGGCGGACGAGCCGGCCGGCCUUGCAGAAACCAUGACAACUUCAGGAAAAGAGAAUUUUCGGCUGAAGAGUUAUAAAAACAAGUCUCUGAAUCCUGAUGAAAUGCGUCGCCGACGUGAGGAAGAGGGCCUCCAGCUACGGAAGCAGAAACGAGAAGAGCAGUUGUUUAAACGCAGAAAUGUUGCCACGGCUGAUGAAGAAACAGAAGAGGAAGUUAUGUCAGAUGGUGGAUUCCAUGAAACUCAAAUGAACAACAUGGAUAUGACUUCUAGUGCAGUGAUCACAUCUGAUAUGACUGAGAUGAUUUUCUCCAAUAGUCCAGAACAGCAGCUCUCUGCUACUCAGAAGUUUCGAAAGCUUCUCUCAAAAGAACCAAAUCCUCCUAUAGAUGAAGUCAUCAGUACACCUGGAGUCGUGGCCAGGUUUGUGGAGUUCCUCAAACGGAAAGAAAACUGUACUUUACAGUUCGAAGCUGCCUGGGUACUGACUAACAUUGCCUCCGGAAAUUCCCAUCAGACUCGGAUUGUGAUCCAAGCAGGAGCUGUCCCAAUCUUCAUAGAGCUGCUCAGUUCAGAAUUUGAAGAUGUGCAAGAACAAGCUGUUUGGGCUCUUGGCAAUAUCGCAGGUGACAGCACCAUGUGCAGAGACUAUGUUCUAGACUGCAACAUCUUACCCCCUCUAUUGCAAUUGCUUUCAAAACAGAAUCGUCUUACCAUGACUCGGAAUGCUGUGUGGGCACUCUCUAAUCUUUGCAGAGGGAAGAAUCCUCCUCCAGAUUUUGCUAAGGUGUCUCCCUGUCUGAGUGUGCUCUCAUGGCUGCUCUUUGUCAAUGACACAGAUGUUCUAGCAGAUGCCUGUUGGGCACUAUCAUAUUUAUCUGAUGGACCCAACGAUAAAAUCCAGGCUGUGAUUGAUGCAGGAGUGUGUAGAAGGCUUGUGGAGCUGCUGAUGCACAAUGAUUACAAGGUGGUAUCUCCUGCCUUGCGGGCAGUUGGGAACAUUGUUACAGGGGACGAUAUCCAGACCCAGGUAAUACUGAAUUGUUCAGCCCUCCAGAGUUUGUUACACUUGCUAAGCAGUCCUAAAGAAUCUAUCAAAAAGGAAGCUUGUUGGACAAUAUCAAACAUCACUGCUGGAAACAGAGCACAGAUUCAGACUGUCAUAGAUGCCAACAUUUUCCCGGCCCUAAUAAAUAUUUUGCAAACUGCUGAGUUCCGGACAAGAAAAGAAGCAGCUUGGGCUAUCACCAAUGCAACGUCUGGUGGCUCUGCUGAGCAGAUCAAGUAUCUGGUAGAUCUUGGCUGCAUCAAACCACUCUGUGACCUCCUUACAGUGAUGGACUCGAAGAUUGUGCAAGUGGCACUCAAUGGGCUUGAAAACAUCCUGAGACUUGGCGAGCAAGAAGCCAGGCGCAGUGGCACUGGCAUUAACCCAUAUUGUUCACUCAUUGAGGAAGCCUAUGGGCUGGAUAAAAUUGAAUUCCUGCAGAGCCAUGAGAACCAAGAAAUCUACCAGAAGGCUUUUGAUCUGAUUGAGCACUACUUUGGGACAGAGGAGGAAGACAGCAGCAUUUCCCCUCAAGUCGACCUUGGCCAGCAGCAGUACAUCUUCCAGCAGUGUGAGGCUCCCAUGGAAGGCUUCCAGCUCUGAAGAGCCACUGUGCAUUGUGGUCUUCUGCCCAGCCAGUCCUGUUGUAGAGCCUUGAGUUGCCCAUGGAGUGGUCUUGUUUUCUGUAAGCCUGUCUGCGCUCAUUUGCUUGCUUUGCGCACACGCUUCCUUAAACACAUCUGGGAAAUGUUUGGCUCUUUGUCGUAGGAUGCCAUUUUGGUAAGGGCUUACCAUAACUGCUGUUCCCAUCUCCCUGGAACUGGGGCACUUCUGUGAACGAAAGGAUGCCCAUUAUUCUCAAUGAAGUGCAUACUAAGCUGGUGUAAUCCUGGUUUCCAAAACAAGGGUGGAGUUGUGUGUGUGUGUGUGUGUGUGCGCACGUGUGCGUGUGAGCCUGAGUGUAUUGCAGUGCUCUUGCAGUCUACAAAGAGAUUUUGAGAGACUUUCUUCCCAUUCAGUCCUCUGGGCACCUGCCUCAUUUAAGUGGAUUUAAGAAAAAUAUUUAAAGCUGACACAGAACACAUUGAAUGGUGGUGGUUCUGUUUGUGGCAGCAUGGAUUCCUAAUAAUAUAAAUAUGUAUCCGAUAAUGGAAUGAGCUCUCUGUUCCCUGUGCCACCAGUGAAUAAGUUGCUCUAGUUACUAGGAACACGGAACAAUUGGCAGCAUUUGUUCCUACCUGCUGAGCUCCUGUGCUGCCAUGUUGGCUGCAUGGGAUCUGGAGUCAUUCUCUUAUGUCUACAUAAGGAACAGGAAACUGGCCUGUCUUUCUGUGCCUUUGGCACAGCCAGUACUCUUGUGAAGAUUCCCGAAAUAGUGUCAAGGAGAGAAGAACUGUUCCUGCUCAUCUACCUACCACAGCAUAAACCAGCUAUCUCUUGCACUCAAACUGAGUCUUUCUUUCAUGUUUUGAAAGUGGUACCUAUUACGCAUAGCUGCAGCGGAGAAAUUCCCACAAGAGUUUUUUUGUAUACAGCUUGGUCUAUAAAUUGCCUUUUGUUAUAAACUCUUAAUAUGCUAACCGGUCGAUGCAAAGAGGAUGCUGGUUCCCCAGCUUUUGUGAACAGUUGCUUCUAAGUCAGGCCAGAAGGGCACCUGGGCUUUACCAGCUUCAAACACAAACCCCUCCUCUAUCUGCUGGAAUAUAACCCUCCUAAGCAAGGUCUGCAUUUCACACUACACUACAAGCACUUCAGUUGUGAAAUGGUUCGCCUAACAUGAAUGAAUUGUGGCACUUCUCCUUUAGUCCUCAGUCCCAUCUGAUCUCUGGUGAAAUGGAGGCUUCCUGUAACAGCAACUAUCUGCAACAGCCAAGUGCAACCAAGGGCUGUUUCCCUUGACUACAGAAUGCUCUUUUGACUAGCACCAAGGCUGUAGCAUUCCAUUGUGCUUGGAUUGAAGGCAUUGAAUGUGAAUGCAGUGGCUUCCAUCUCCUCCUCCCACCCCAGAGCCAGCUGACCCUGAUGGCAUAGUCUUGUCUUAACACAGGAUCCAGCCCUAUCAGCAGUGUUGUCCACUCUCUUGCGAAUGCAUGGAUUUUUCAGGGAGUUUGUGCCCUCUUCCGAAUCCAAUGGUGUAUCUGCUCAAUUUUACCUUUCAGACCUGACAGUUCUGCUACAAGCAGUCUGCAUUCAUAGUCAAUUCCAGGGUCAGAAUUGCUUGAUGAAUCCCUCGUAUGACAUUUAACAGAUGAUAACUGACAGCUCACACAGAACCAUUCAUCUUGUUAAACUGUUAGGUCUGGUUCCAUCUGUGUUCUGUGUGACUGACCUUUCCUGAAGAACUUGGCUUCUGUGACUGUGCUUUGGGAUGGAAGCCCUCACAGCUGCUGCCACCUCCGUCCAUCUCUUCUUCAGCAGCCUCCAUCUUCCAAGUUACUUUCUUUUAGUGCUCCCAUACACUGGAGGAACAUCUUAGUUUACUAUUGUUGACCUCUAGUUAACUUCAAUUGUUUGAUCUUAGGAUUUUAAAAUUAGGGCUGAGUGGGGAAAGAUGGGGGCAUGCUUUGUGACUCUUCCUGAUCUGGGGGAUUUUGGAGGAAAAGAGUAAAAUUGGAGGCGGGAGGGAUUGGUCUCUAAUAAGGGUCGGAAACGAUGGGCUUGCUUGGAUUUGACUUUGUGAGGUGGUUGUGUAGCCAAAGCUAUGUCAUCUGGCUGGGAUUGCCUUGGGAAGAAUUCUUUAAGAAGAAAUUGCACCAAAGCUGCAGAUUGGGGAAAGCAGCAGCUACAAAUAAGCAUUAAGUAGUGUGCAUGAAAGGUAAACAGAGGGUGUGGUGGGAGUUCAUGACACUUUUUGUGUGCAAAGAUUCAGCACAGGCUGAUUCAGAAUUAGUUGGGCAACUUUAAAAAUAGCCUCAGUGUUGCCUUUACAUCCCAUAGUAAAUAAUCAUGUUUCUUUCUUGAAGGAGUGGUAGAAUAACUGAUGAGUAGCAAUCUUGUUUCAGCUUCCUUUUUUUUUUUUUUUUUUUUUUUGGUGGCUAGAUUUUUUUUAAAGUGUAAAUUACAGAUGAUGUCAUUUCUAAAAGAUUUGUUUUAAACCAUGUACUUUACUGGAUAGUUUUUUUGUUUUUGAGGGGGGAGUUACAUAUUUUGUAAGCCAACUUCAGUGUGUGUUUGUGUGAUACAGAACUAUCUCACAUACACAAUCACUGAUAGUGUGUAUAUGUGUGUGUGCGUACUUAGAGUAUAUAUGCACAUACACACUCCUCAGUGUGUGUGCUAAUGUGUAUGUAUAUAUGUAUAUUUACACACAUUCUAUAUCUCACUCUGAAAGUUUUUCUCUCAGGCUAGUGAGAACAGUGUGGUGCAUUGGUGUUCCCGCUAGGAAAUAAUGACAAUUCUCUCUUAAAGGGGUGAAUUAAACCAUAAAUACAUUCAAAACAAAA